UAAAAUCAUGGCAAGAUCUUGUGGAAAUCCUGACAAGAUCAUGGCAAGAUCUUGAACGAUCAUGGCAAGAUAUUGAACGAUCGUGGCAAGAUCUUGAUAACAUUGUAGUAAAAUCAUGGCAAUAUUAUGUGGAAAUCUUGACAGGAUCAAGGCAAGAUCUUGAACGAUCAUGGCAAGAUAUUGAACUAUCUCGGCAAGAUCUUGACAACAUUAUAGUAAUAUCAUGGCAAGAUCUUGUGGAAAUCCUGACAAGAUCAUGGCAAGAUCUUGAACGAUCAUGGCAAGAUAUUGAACGAUCGUGGCAAGAUCUUGAUAACAUUGUAGUAAAAUCAUGGCAAUAUUAUGUGGAAAUCUUGACAGGAUCAAGGCAAGAUCUUGAACGAUCAUGGCAAGAUAUUGAACUAUCACGGCAAGAUCUUGACAACAUUAUAGUAAUAUCAUGGCAAGAUCUUGUGGAAAUCCUGACAAGAUCAUGGCAAGAUCUUGAACGAUCAUGGCAAGAUAUUGAACGAUCGUGGCAAGAUCUUGAUAACAUUGUAGUAAAAUCAUGGCAAUAUUAUGUGGAAAUCUUGACAGGAUCAAGGCAAGAUCUUGAACGAUCAUGGCAAGAUAUUGAACUAUCACGGCAAGAUCUUGACAACAUAGUAAAAUCAUGGCAAGAUCUUGUGGACAUAUUGAAAUGA